AUGUAUGCCUUUCAGGACUUCAAUGACUACUCCUAUGAAUCAGAGAAAAGGAAAUCAAGGAAAAAGAAGCUCAUUAUUAUUGGUGUCUCUCUGUUAGCCACCACCCUCAUCGUCACCGCAGGUGUCGUCGGUGCUCUCUUUUACACAACCCAUGAACCGAAGAAAGACGACAACCGUAAUCUCCAUUCGGUGUCAAAGUCCGUCAAGAUGAUGUGCUCGGCCACCGAUUACUCCGGUGUAUGUGAGUCAUCCCUUUCCAAUGCUGUGAACUCAAGUUCUCCGACCCCAGAGGACCUCGUCAAGGCCGCCAUUGCCGUCAUUGCUAAUGAGGCCAAGAAGGCAUUCAGCCGGUCCGAGCUCUUUAAAAGUAAGAACCCAAUGAUAAUAGGAGCCAUUGAGGAUUGCAAGCAAUUGUAUCUAGAUUCUAAAGAAGAGCUUGAGACCUCACUCAAGCACAUUGUCGCCGAUGGGCUCGAGAACCUCCCGAAGAAGUCACACGAUAUUCGAACAUGGCUGAGUGCUGUGAUGUCUUACCAACAGACUUGCAUUGAUGGAUUCCCUGAGGGAGAGUUAAAGACGAAGAUGAACAAGGCUAUGGAUAAGGCCAGACAACUUACUAGCAAUGCAUUGGCAAUUAUCAAGGAAGCGACGAACUUUUUCUCGACGUUGAAGCUUUCGAACUUUAACCGACGUCGGUUGCUGGAGGAGGAGAAGGAGGAAGUGUUUGUUGAUGAUGAUGGUUAUCCUUCUUGGGUUGCAGAAGGGGAUAGGAGGAUGUUGAGGUCGUAUAGUUGGAAGAAGCCUACACCUAAUGUGACUGUGGCCAAAGAUGGAAGUGGUGAUUUCUUGAACAUCACUGAUGCACUUAAUGCUAUGCCAAAGAAAUAUGAAGGAAGGUAUGUGAUAUAUGUGAAGGAAGGAGUGUAUGAAGAGACAGUGAAUGUGACGAAGAAGAUGGUGAACGUGACCAUGUAUGGAGAUGGUGGUAAGAAAACCAUCAUCACUGGGAGCAAGAACUUUGUUGAUGGAACCAGAACAUUCAAAACAGCUACAUUUGUUGCCUCCGGCGCCGGCUUCAUGGCAGUGAGUCUAUGCUUCCGCAACACCGCCGGCGCGGCCAAACACCAAGCCGUCGCUCUCCGCGUCCAAUCCGACCAAUCCAUCUUCCUCUACUGCCGCAUGGAAGGCUACCAAGACACUCUCUACGCUCAAACCCACCGCCAGUUCUACCGCGGCUGUGUCAUCUCCGGCACCAUCGACUUCAUCUUCGGCGACGCCGCCGCCGUCAUCCAAAACAGCGUCAUCGUCGUCCGCCGCCCUCUCUCCAACCAACAAAACAUCGUCACCGCCAACGGCCGCAUUGAUCCUCAUGAAACCACCGGCUUCGUCCUCCACAACUGCCGCAUCAUCCCUGACCACACACUCACCUCCUUCAACAUCUCCAUCAACAGCUACCUUGGCCGUCCAUGGAAACAGUACUCUAAGACCAUUAUCAUGGAGUCUCGCAUUGGUAGUUUCAUCCACCCUGAUGGUUAUACUCCAUGGAAUGGUGACUUUGCUUUGAAUACUUUGUUCUAUGCUGAGUAUAAUAACACUGGGGAGGGUUCUAAUGUUACCAAGAGAGUGCCAUGGCUCGGUUUUAAGGUCAUUUCCAGGUCGGCGGCGAAGGGGUUCACGGUGGCUAAUUUCUUGCAGGGAAGGGAUUGGAUUAAGCGAUCUGAAGUUCCUGUUCGUUUUGGUCUUUUUCAUUAG